AUGGAUAAUGUUGACCUCGUCGUUGUGGGAAUCUACCUCCACUGGCCGUUGAAGAAUAUCGGUCGAGAUGGAUCAAAAGAGAUCUCUGUACGGGAGCUGACUGUAAAGUUUGAUCCCUCAGGAUGGAGUGGACUGGCCGCCAUCAAGACCUAUCGUGAAGUGAAUCCCGAUAGCAAUGUGCUACUCCUCGAGGCUGCUGGAUCGGUCGGUGGCGUCUGGGCCACACAUCGACAGUACAAAGGCCUCAAAUCCAACAAUAUGCUGGGAACCUACGAAUACAGUGAUUUCCCCAUGGACGAAGCAACCUUUGGAGUCAAGCCAGGAGAGCAUAUUCCUGGGACGACCAUCCAGCGCUACUUGGAGGCCUACGCCCAGCACUUUGGCUUCCAGGAUCGCAUUCGACUGAACCAUUGUGUGGAGAGCGCGGAGCACAAUCUGGACGGAUCGUGGCUGUUGAAGGUCCAGCAUGACGGAGCCGUGACCGCGAUUCAUACCCAGAAGCUGAUUGUCGCCACGGGCAUCACCUCCCAAGCCUACCUGCCCACGUUUGCCGGUCAGACGGAGUUUGUCGCCCCAAUCUUCCACUGUGCGGAUCUGCGACAGCACGAGUCCCAAGUUUUUCAAUCCGGGGAGCGAGUGACUGUCUUUGGAGGCACCAAGUCCGCCUGGGAUGCAGCAUAUGCAUGUGCCACCUCGGGGAUGAAGAUCGACUGGGUCAUCCGCGAGUCCGGUCAUGGGCCCAUUUGGAUGGCACCCCCCUAUGUCACGCCGCUGAAGAAGUGGCUGGAGAAACUUGUCACCACCCGUCUCUUGACAUGGUUCAGUCCGUGUAUCUGGGGGGCCGCCGAUGGAUAUUCGGGGAUUCGAGGCUUCUUGCAUGGGACCUGGCUUGGACGAAAGAUUGUCGAUGCCUUCUGGGCCGUGCUGGCGGACGACGUGGUCCAGCUGAAUGGAUACGACAAGCAUCCGGAGAUGAAGAAACUUCGGCCCUGGAUCAGUCCCUUCUGGAUCGCGUCCUCUCUCAGCAUUCUAAACUACCCGACGAACUUUUUCGAUUUGAUCAAGGAUGGUACCAUCAAGGUUCACAUUGCCGACAUUGAUCACCUUUCUGACCAUGCGGUGCAUCUGUCCACGGGGGAAGUCUUGACCACGACGGCAUUGAUUUGCUCAACAGGAUGGCGAGCCACGCCCAACUUGAAAUUCCUCCCCGAAGGCAUCGACCGCGAACUGGGAUUUCCCUGGAGCGCCGAUCCAUUGGACCCGCAAAUGGUCAAGGCGGCGGAUGAAGAGAUCCUUCGCCGAUUCCCACGCUUGCGCGACCAACCUCCGCCCAAUCCCAAAUACAAGCCUCUCGAUAAGACCGCCGAAGCCGCGGUACCCCAUCCCUUCCGGCUUGCGCGCUUCAUGGUGCCACUCUCGCAGGUCAGGGACCGGUCGCUCGCCUUCAUGGGAAUCACGAUGACGAUCAACACCACCAUCAUCGCGCAGACGCAGGCCCUCUGGAUUGCGGCCUACUUUGGUGGCCAACUCACUCCGACAUCCAGGGAACAGUGUCCCCAGGCUGUGCGGGCGGCAUCCGACAUCAAGGUUGACGAUGAUGCCGAGCUCAACCUGGCGUGGGAGACUGCGCUGCAUUCAGAAUUUGGCAAGUACCGUUACCCCGGUGGGUUCGGUCGUCGCAACCCCGAUUUCGUCUUUGAUGCCCUCCCUUACAUUGACCUGAUGCUCACCGAUCUGGGGCUGUCAACAACUCGGAAGCAAGGCAUGCUUGCUCGAUGCUUGAGUCCCUACGGCCAGGAGGAUUAUGUGGGACUUGUCGACGAGUGGAAGGGAAAGAUGGCCACCAAGGCCUGA